CACGGUCGCUGUCACUGCGGACGUGACGAUCAGAUAGGUUUGGAAAUGAUUCUGGACCGUUAAUAUUCCCUGGAGUUACAACCACAUUUAAUUACCAUGGAAAACGUUACGUUAUAACUUUACACGCGCGUUUAUUUAGUUUGAACGCGGCCCCAUCCUCGAGUGACGAUAUUGUGCGAGAUUCGAGGAGAUACGAGCGUUUCCAACUCGGUCCGUUUCUUCCUGUUGCUCAGCUGCGUCUGAAGAAAACCAGCAUCGAUAAGCGUCGGAUUUUGUUUCCAUCUGCAAAAUGCCACGGGAUAACAAGAAGUCUCUCAUUCAGAAAAUAGCCAGCCAAGCCAAUAUUACAUUUAAAGAUUUCAAUGCAUCCGCAAUUGGGGACAACAAAGUAUUAUUGGACAACCGGGAGAAUCUAAUCACCCUGCUGACGGAAGUCAGGGCUGCAGACCUGAAGAUGAAACCGAACGGCUCACAUUCCGAACACAACCCACCUGUCACGUACAUGCACAUCUGCGAGACGGAGUCGUUCAGUAUGGGGGUGUUUCUACUGAACGGCGGGGCUUCCAUCCCGCUCCACGACCACCCGGGUAUGAACGGGAUGCUCAAGGUUCUAUACGGGAAAGUCAGUAUCAGGUGUUUUGACCUGUUGGAUAAACCGUCGGACCAGGUGCAGAGUGAGACCCAGUUCGAGCCGCCGCUGCUGCCGUUCCAGAAGGACUCUCUGCGGCGGGCUGUGCUCCGAUCCACCAUGUGGUUCACCCAUGACAGUAGUCCGUGUAUCUUAACGCCGCAGAGGGAGAACCUGCAUCAGAUCGACACGGUGGAUGGACCGGCUGCCUUCAUCGACAUCCUGGCACCUCCGUAUGACUCUGACGACGGGAGGGAUUGUCAUUAUUAUAAAGUCCUACAGACUGUUCCCGACGCAGACAGUAAGGUAGAGGCGCAGCAGCAGUGUGAGGAAGAGACGUGGUUACUAGAGAUAGGCCAGCCUGAUGGCUUCUGGUGUGAGGGUGAACCAUACCCAGGGCCCAAGGUCUCCUUCUGAUGUCGGUGUUGUAAAGGCAGGGAUACCUGUGACCAAAUAGGGGCAGCCACAUGACUUUCAAAAGACUUUGAAUUACUGUGAGUGGGACAUGAGUUGGAGCAGGUGAAUGAACUGCAGGUGUGGUGGAUAAUGUUUCCAGGCUUUUGCUCUCCUUAUUAGUUUAAAUAUUGAACUUUCUAAAUCUCCUGUAAACUUCCAGAUCAGAUGUUUUCAUCCUGAACAGGCUCAGAAACUUCCUCUUAACACCAUCGUUGGUAACUGAAAAUAUGAUAUGCCUUAUGUGAAUAUUGAAUGUAAACUUUGAAAGCAUUUAUCACGUCUAGUUUCCAAGUGCACACUACGUUUUCUAUCUUUCAUUGAUUUAUUCCAAACAAAUGUGUGUAUUAAAACACUAGUUUGUUUAUAAUUGAAGGUUUUUAUUUUGGGACAGCUGAAAGUUCUACCUAUAGCCUUACUGCAGAUACAGGGCUUUCGGAAAGUAUUCAGACCCCUUGACUUUUAUUUGUUACAUCACAGCUUUAUUCUAAAAUAUAUGAAAUUGUUUUUCAUCAUCAAUCUACACACAAUACCCCAUAAUGACAUCACAAUACCCCAAAAUGACAUCACACUACCCCAUAAUGACAUCACAAUACACCAUAAUGACAUCACACUACCCCAUAAUGACAUCACACUACCCCAUAAUAACAUCACACUACCCCAUAAUGACAUCACACUACCCCAUUAAGACAUCACCCUACCCCAUAAUGACAUCACACUACCCCAUAAUGACAUCACACUACCCCAUAAUGACAUCACACUAACCCAUAAUGACAUCACACUACCCCAUAAUGACAUCACACUACCCCAUAAUGACAUCACACUACCCCAUAAUGACAUCACACUACCUCAUAAUGACAUCACAAUACCACAAAAUGACAUCACACUACCUCAUAAUGACAUCACAAUACCACAAAAUGACAUCACAAUACCCCAUAAUGACAUCACACUACCUCAUAAUGACAAAGCAAAAACUGUUUUUUGGAAAGUUUUGCUAAUUUAUUACAAAUUUAAAAUAAAAUAAAUACAAUUCCUCAUUUACUUAAGAAUUCAGAGACUUCUCGCGAAGCCGUUCCUGUUUUGUCUUGUCUGUGUGCUUAGGGUCGUUGUCCUGUUGGAAGGUGAACCUUCGCCCCAGUCUGAGGUCCUGAGCGCUCUGAAGCAGGUUUUCAUCAAGGAACUCGCUGUACUUUGCUCCGUUCAUCUUUGCCUUGAUCCUGACUAGUCUCCCAGUCCCUGCCGCUGAAAAACAUCCCCACAGCAUGAUUCUGCCAGGUUUCCUCCAGACGUGACGCUUGGCAUUCAGGCCAAAGAGUUCAAUCUUGGUUUCAUCAGGCCAGAGAAUCUUGUUUCUCCUGGUCUGAGAGUCUUGGUGCCUUUUAGCAAACUCCAAGCGGGCUGUCAUGUGCCUUUUACUGAGGAGUGGCUUCCGUCUGCCCACUCUACCAUAAAGGCCUGAUUGGUGGAGUGCUGCGGAGAUGGUUGUCCUUCUGGAAGGUUCUCCCAUCUCCACAGAGGAACUCUGGAGCUCUGUCAGUGACCAUCGGGCAGUGGUGUAAAGUGCUUAAGUAAAAAUACUUUAAAAUACAACUUAAGUAGUUUUUUGGGGUAUGUGUACUUUAAUUUACUAUUUAUAUUUUUGACUUAUACUUCACUAAAUUCCUGAAUAAUUUUUUUUACAUUUUACUCCAUACAUUUUCUCUGACACCCAAAAGCACUCGUUACAUUAUGAACGCUUAGCAGGACAGAAAAUGGUCUAAUUAACACACUUAUCAAGAGAACAUCCCUGGUCAUCCCUACUGCCUCUGAUCUGGAGGACUCACUAAACAGAGAACAUCCCUGGUCAUCCCUACUGCCUCUGAUCUGGAGGACUCACUAAACAGAGAACAUCCCUGGUCAUCCCUACUGCCUCUGAUCUGGAGGACUCACUAAACAAAACAUCCCUGGUCAUCCCUACUGCCUCUGAUCUGGAGGACUCACUAAACAAAACAUCCCUGGUCAUCCCUACUGCCUCUGAUCUGGAGGACUCACUAAACAAAACAUCCCUGGUCAUCUCUACUGCCUCUGAUCUGGAGAACUCACUAAACAGAGAACAUCCCUGGUCAUCCCUACUGCCUCUGAUCUAGAGGACUCACUAAACAGAGAACAUCCCUGGUCAUCCCUACUGCCACUGAUCUGGAGGACUCACUAAACACAAAUGCUUUGUUUUUAAAUGAUGUCUGAGUUUUGGAGUGUGACCCUGACUAUCUGUAAAUAAAUAAAAAAUAUGAAAAUUG